AUGCACCGGCGAGCACCUGUUCGAUCGAUUUUGGCAUGUCUUAUACCAUCACUGAUCCUGCUCAGCUCUGUGGAGCUUGUCAGACCGGCUGAUCUAGAGGACGCGCUUCGAAAGAGCAUAUUGUUCUUCGAGCAGCAGCGCUCCGGCAAGCUUCCCCCAAAUCAGAGAGCCAAAUGGCGCGGCGACUCAGGCCUCAAGGACGGAAAGGACGUCGGGGUGGACCUGACGAAGGGGUACUACGACAGCGGCGACAACAUUAAGUACGGGCUGCCCAUGGCGUUCACCGUCACCACGCUCGCGUGGAGCGUGGUGGAGUACGGGAGUACGCUUGCCGCGCAGGGACAGCUGGACCAUGCGCUGGACGCUAUCCGCUGGGGCACCGACUUCUUCAUCAGCGCGCACCCGCAGCCUAACGUGCUGUACGCGCAGGUGGGCGACGGGCCGUCGGACCAUCGGUGCUGGCAACGGCCCGAGGACAUGACGACGCCGCGCAUGGCGUUCCGCCUGGACGCCAAGAACCCCGGCACCGAGGUCGCCGCUGAAGCCGCCGCCGCCCUCGCCGCUGCCAGCAUGGCCUUUGCGUCGCGCGACGAAGCGUACUCGAGGGAGCUGAUUCGCCACGCCAAGGAGCUAUUUACCUUCGCCAACACGUACCGCAAGUCGUACGUGAGCAGCAUUCCGUCCGCCGCCGCCUUCUACAACUCCUACUCCGGAUUCAAUGACGAGCUGCUGUGGGCGGCAGCGUGGCUGCAGCGCGCGACGGGCGAGGGGCAGUACCUGGCGUUCGUGAAGAAGAACAACGAGACGCUGCAGGGCGCCACCACCAGCAUGAACGCCUUCUCCUGGGACAACAAGUUCGCCGCCGCGCAGAUCCUGCUCUCCAAGGUGUAUUUCAAAGCCCGCGACCCCGGGCUGAACGGCUACCGGCUGCGCGCCAAUGACUUCGUGUGCGCCACCGUCGUGCGCGGCACCCGCACGCCAGGCGGACUGCUGUUCGUGCAGCCGUGGAGCAACCUGCAGUACGUGACGGCCGUGUCGCUGCUGCUCGCCGUCUACAGCGACUACCUCGACGGCGCCCGUGUCGCGUCCGUGCAGUGCGACUCCACUGCCGUCACCCCCGCCGCCAUGCGGAAGUUCGUCGCAAAACAGAUGAGCUACCUGCUGGGAGACAACCCGCGCCGCAUGAGCUACAUGGUCGGCUACGGCGCGUCGUUCCCGCUGCGCGUGCACCACCGCGGCGCGUCCAUCGUGUCGGUGAAGAAGGACGCGCGCCCCGUGGGGUGCGAGGAGGGCUUCAAGUGGUUCCACACGCAGGCGGCGAACGCGAACGUGCUGGUGGGCGCAGUGGUGGGCGGGCCGGACAACACGGACGCGUACAAGGACGCGCGCGACAACUACCAGCAGAGCGAGGUCUCCACCUACGUCAACAGCCCCCUCGUCGGCGCGCUCGCCCGCCUCCUCGCCGGCGAUGUCCCCCUGCCGCCCAACCAGCAGACUGGCGGGGGGAACUGGGGCGGAGGCAAGGGCAAGGGUGGGGGCAACGGUACAGGGGAUGGAAGCAGCGGAAAGAAAGGCGGGGGGCAAGGGGGUUCUGGCAGCGGGAGCAAGAGUGGCAACACGGGUGAUAAGGGGGGUGGAGAGAAGAGUAGCAGUGGGAAGAAGCCUGAUAAAGAUGGGAAGAAGGGCGGUGGGGGCAGUGGGGACAUGAAGUAUAGGAAUGGUACCAACAAGGACAGUGGUGCCAGCAGCAAGUCUGGCAACAAGAAUUCGGGCAGCAGUAAGUCAGGAGGGAGCACACAAGGCCCAUCCACGUCUUUCAUUGCAUCAGUGCGCGAUGCAGAGGACACCCCAGAUGGCCGCAUCCCCAUGCGCACCGCACAGCGCCUCAACAUAGGCUUGAACCCCUGGACAGGCGGUAGUGGUGACACUGGUGUAAGUGGUGGUGAGGAUAGGGCACAGCAGCCUCAAGGGCUGAGCAGCACGGCAGCAGCAGGAAGUGGAGCGUCCCGGUGGCAGCUAUCCGUGACCACGGUGGUGACGGCACAGUGGCAGGACGUGCAGGGCCGCAGCAUGGCGCAGUACAUGGUGCUGCUGCGCAACGACGGCACCACAACGCUCGCCCACAUCCGCCUCACGGCACAAGGGUUCCACCCUACAAGUGCAUGGGGACUUGUGCAAGCUGGCAAUGACUACGGAGUUGUGGAAGGAGGUGGUGUGCUGGCUCCAGGCCAGUCUAGCCGAUUUGGGUAUGUGCAGGAAGGAGAGGCAGCAUUGUUCAAGCAGGCCCUGCAAGAGGAGGCCUGA